AUGCUUGAUAAGGACCUAACCACUACAGAAAUUACGGAAGCCCCAGAGCUCAGAGACGAUGCAAGCGAUGUCUCCAAGACAGAUUUCGAGGGGAACGUGAUCGGAGAGAUAGAGGGUCAGGGAAAAUUGCGUCGAUCGUUUAAAACUAGACAUAUUCAAAUAGUUGCUCUGGGCUCAAAUAUCGGCUCUGGUAUUUUUAUUUCCACUGGAAAGUCGCUCAGAUUUGGAGGGCCUGGUAACAUGGUGGUAGGCUAUACCAUCGUUUGCUCCAUGGUGAUCUGCGUCUUGCAAAUUUUAACGGAAUUGUCGAUUUUGUAUCCUUCUAGUGGAAAUUUUAUUGAUUUCACUGAGAGAUUUCUUGAUCCGGCUGCGGCGUUUGCCAUUGGUAUGGGAGAAUGGUUGGCUUGGACCACGGUUAUGGCAUCUGAAGGUUCUGCCACCACCAGUUUGAUCAGUUACUGGACCACUGCCGUCCCCACUGCCGCUUGGAUGUCAAUUAUUCUUGUGGUUACUUUUCUGAUCCACGCACUUCCAAACAUAUUCUUUGCGGAAUUUCAAUACGUGACCUCUGUCAUGAAGGUGGUCAUGCUCCUGAUGUUCACUAUCUCGUGCAUCAUCAUGUGCGCCGGUGGAGGACCCACUGGGUCUGUUCACAACGGCCAGUUUUGGGAUAGCAGCAAAUAUGACAUCUUUAAGAACGGUGUUCGUGGUGUGUCUUAUUGCUGUUUAUACUGCCUCUGGGGAGUUGGAGAUCAGGUGUUUGUAGGAAUGUUGGCAGGUGAGGCUCGCAGCCCCAGGUUCAGUCUACCCAGAACAGUCAAGUCUGCUGGUCUCCGUAUUUUUGGAUUUUUCAUGAUCUUAGUUGUUUUCAUCACUUUGCUGGUUCCAGAAACAGACACCAGACUUUACGGAACUGCGGGUUCCAUUGCUAGUUCUCCAUUCAUCAUUGCUUUAAACGAUGCAGGUAUCAAGGUCUUGCCAGACAUUCUCAAUGCGGUUAUGGCCAUUUGUCUUAUCCUUGGGGGCCUGGAGCCCAUCUACAUUGCUGCAAGAUGUCUGAGACACUUGGCUGUGAGAGGAAUGCUGCCCAAGUUCAUUGGAAAGGUUGACUCCAAGGGAAGACCGCGUUGGUCGCUGGCCAUCACCUUUGUGUUCACGGCAGUCUUCACAUAUAUGAACUGCACAGGUAGUGGAGCAACUGUUUUCUCGUGGUUCUCUUCAGUCACGACCACCAUUUUUAUGUCAGUUUGGGUAGUCCUGGGUAUUGUUUCCAUUAGAUUUCAUAUGGCAGUCAGGAGACAGAAAUCGGAGAUCCUCAACACUCCAUUCGCCUAUAAGGACAAGUUGUUUCCUAUCGGCCCGCUAUUUGUAUCGGUUGGCUCUCUGUUGAUACUUAUCGGAUUAUUUUAUGCGUCUUUAUUCCCUGUUGGAGGAAGCCCUAAUGCCUAUGAUUUCUUCGAGACAUAUUUAGGUGUUCCUCUGGUCUUGGUCACUUACCUGGUAUACAAGAUCGUGUUCAGGACUAAGUUCGUGAGGUCUGCGGAUGUUGAUCUAGUGGAAGGUUACAGGCCAUUGUCUGAUGAUGAGAUCAUUGUUCUGGAAACUUAUUAUUCCAUGCCAUGGUGGAGAAGGUUGUGGAGUUACGUUGAUGUUAGGGACGGUAAGCAGUUGACCUAG